UGUUUCCAGGCAGCUUUCAGCUGGUUCAGAGUUAAUGAGGACAAUGGAGGAACUAUCCUUAGUACUGAUGCUAUCCAUCUACGCGUCUACUUCUGAGAAGCUGGAUAUGCAGAUGGUCGCCGAGAUACUGGUACACCUGGCGUCAGGACAGGAUCACAUGCAGACCGUCACACAAUACUUGGAACUGGAGAGUCUAAUAGAGGAGGUGGAGAUGAUGGAAACUGUUGGCUUAAUUUUUAAUAACACCGAGGCACUUCAUCUUGACGGUAAUGUGGCCAUUGACGUUGUCAAACAGUGGGCGAUGAACAAUAAGGAUAGCGCGGAGAAUUCUUUGCAGGAUUUAAAACAAAUACAACAAGUGCUGUGGAACGUUAUCAGGACAUCGGCGAGUCACGAAGUGUGGUCCGCUCGGAGAACUCUUGGUAUUGGUGUGGCUGUACUGAUCAUAGUGUUGUUGGCUUCGCCUGUACUAAUCCUACUCCUCAGACAUACGAUAUGGACCAUACAGACAUUUACAGAGUCGAUAGAGUUGAGCAAUCAGCGGUUAGUAGCAGAGAAGAGAAAGAGCGACGUUCUUUUGUCCCGCAUGCUGCCUAUGGCAGUGAUAAGGAGACUCCGAGCUCAGAGGACGGUUCCCGCGGAAUCUUUUGAUGCGGUCACCAUUUUCUUCAGUGAUAUUGUCGGCUUCACCAACAUAUCUGCUACCAGUACACCCAUUGAGGUUAUUAAUAUGCUAAAUAUGUUGUACAGGUUGUUCGAUGAGAAAAUAGUUCAGCACGAUGUCUACAAAGUGGAGACUAUUGGCGACGCGUAUAUGGUUGUAUCUGGAUUGCCUCAGAGAAAUGGCAAUCGACAUGCAUCAGAGAUAGCGGAUAUGUCACUGUCGUUGAUGCGUGGUCUGGAAGGUGCGAGGGUACCGCAUCGACCUGAAGAGUUGCUAAGGAUCAGAGCGGGCAUCAACACAGGGCCGUGUGUGGCUGGCGUGGUUGGCACAACUAUGCCAAGGUACUGUCUCUUCGGAGACACUAUUAAUACAGCUAGCAGAAUGGAAAGCACGGGGGAAGCAAUGAAAAUCCACAUUUCUCAAACAACGAAAAAAGCCCUGGACUCUAUUGGGAAAUACGAAAUUGAAUCUAGAGGAAUCAUUGAUAUACCGGGCAAAGGAGUGAUGGAGACGUUCUGGCUGCUUGGCAAGAUUGGUGGUCUACCACAGGAGAGUCCACGUUGCAUGCGAUUACAUGACUACGACCAGAAUAUUUUAGAAAUGCUCAUUAAAUCUUAA